UGGAGCCGGCCCGGCGGGGAGCCCCGGGAGCCAGCGGCCGCGGGCGCGGGGCGAGCCUCAGAUGCGGCUGUCACACAACCCCGGCCGGGCUAUUUAAAGUAACGGGCCCCGCCGGACACUGGUGUCUCUGCCUAUUUAUGAGCCCCCGGGAGCCGGCGGGCGCCGCCGGGCAGCGCUAGGAGCCGAGGCCGCCGGGAGCAGGGCCGGGGCCCGCCCGGAGCAUGACGGCGAUCCGGGCGCUGCUGCUCUGCCUCUGCCUGGCGCUGCCGGCGGACGGGCAGCCCUUCCUGCGCCUGCGACCCUCGCCCAGCGACAACCUGCCCGUCAAGGAUAUCGUGGAGCACCCGGACCCCGAGUACGACCCCAAGGAGCAGGACCUGGACGAGAGGACGCUGAGGAAGAAGCUGGGCAGCCAUUUCGACCCCAGCUUCAUGGCCGUGGCCGUGCCGGGGCCGGCCAACGCCUCGGGCGCCGCGGCGGCGGCGGGGCGGGGGCGGGCGGCGCUGCCGGCCGAGCUGCGGCGGCUGGAGCUGGGGCCGCCCCGGGGCCCGCGCCUGCGGCUGGGCAAGAAGGCGCGGCGGAAGGUGCUGCAGUGGCUCUGGGCGCACACCCACUGCCCCGUGCUCUACGCCUGGAAGGACCUGGGGGUGCGCUUCUGGCCGCGCUACAUCAAGGAGGGCAACUGCCUGGCCGAGAAGUCCUGCUCGCUCCCCGAGGGCAUGUUCUGCAAGCCCGUCAAGUCGGUCACCAAGACCUUCCUACGCUGGCACUGCCAGGGCUGGUCCAGUCAGAAGUACUGCACCUGGAUUCCCGUGCAGUACCCGCUCAUCUCCGAGUGCAAGUGCUCCUGCUAAGCCUCCCCGGCCCCUUGCACUGCCGCCCUCCUCCUCCGGAUCACUUUAGGGGGAGAGGUUUUUCGGGUGGGUUU